UUUUCGUUGAUGUGUUAAGAAAAGUAAUUACAGUAUGUAUUUGCUUUUCCAAUACAGCACGAGAGCACCCUAAAUGCCGGCCUGUGAGUAAGUCGUUGUGAACUUGUGAUACCGUGAUGGGAUUUGGCGCGAAACAUAAAGCGCGUACAAAAAGCCGAAAUUCCGCAUACGAGUUUUAUAUUUUAAUUUUAUUUUCUUUCAAAUAAGCAGUACUACUAUUAAUAAAGAUGCGUCUGCCAAUUGUAAUUGGCAUGAUUAAGUCACUUUAUUGUCUGUUUCCAAAUUCUUGCGAAGUACUGGAUAUGCGUAACAAUUCUGAAAUGUGUCUGGGAUCGAUGAUCCAUCGCGUUGUAUCCGUAACAUAUUUCCCGCUUGUGGAAUCUAAUAAGCACCAUGAGUCGAAAGCAUUUUUGUUUAGUUAAGGUUCAGGUGAUUACUUCAGCAAUGCGGGCAGUGUAGUUUUUCUGGAAAUCUAACAAGUCCCUUGUCGGAACACAGCCAGAAAGCUGCAACCAUCCAGCUACAUGUGUAAAUAACAGUAGUCUUUAUGAUUAGAGGUCCCAAAAGUGCACAGAAGGGAUGUCGAUCAAUAUGUAAGCGCUCGGUUUGUGUUGACUGUUGUCCACAACCCUUACGCAUCGACUCAUUACCACAAACCCGUCCGCGCUUUCCGUGCCGCACUGUAAAAGUGUACACCGGCAUAUUCCCGGGUAUUUAUCAGCAUCGGAUUAACCCAUCCCACAAAUAAUCGAAGGGAUGACAAACAAAAUUUUGCAUUUCUUCGCUUUGUGAAUUAUAGUCGCAAUGGUUUUACUGGCAAACAACAGACCAAAUUCUACCCUGCAUGCCCGGGUUAUAAUCCGAAGAAGUGUUGAGAGAAAUUUGUCUGCGCUGAAUGUUGCAUACAAUGUCGGAAAGAAUUCGCGAGCGAAAUAGCGUAAACCGCACACCAGAUUCAAGUCAUCUGGCUAACAGCAUUCCUGUCAAUUUGUCGGGAAGUUCUUCCAGUCAGCUGGUCAAUACAUUGGUUAAGAAUGCUGCCAGUUUGCUGAACGGUGGAGGGCUGCACCAUGAUAGAGAUCGAGAGCGGGAUCGUGAACGGGAUCGGGAAACUUAUACGGAGCGCGAGAAACCGCGUAGUAGCAGCAGCGCCACUACGUCCGCCGCGACAUCCUCUAUGUUGAAUGGCAGUGGACUCCUGGAUCCGUCGACGGCCGCGAGUCUCUUCCAGUUCAAUCCGCUCUUUAUGGCGGCCGCCGGAAUGAAUUCGGCCAUGUCGGGAGCCGGCACCGCUUCCCCGAUGAUGUCACAGUUAACGCCCCAGCAGCUCCAACAGCUCAUGCAGCAACAGUAUUUGAUGCUCCAGCAGUCUGCCGCAGCUGCCGCCGGAAAUGCCGGUCCGGGGGAUAAGAGCCCGUCAAGUAGUCGGGAUUUGGCGCAGCAACUAGCCAUACAGCAGCAGUAUUUUUUGCAGCAGUUGCAACAGGCGCGCUUUUUUGUCCCCGGUACCCCUCAUUUUCCGUUUCCCAAUGGUCAUCUUGCAGUUGCAGAUGGAAGCCUGCCGUAUCAACCGUACAACAGCAGAACAGAGUCUCAUGGCGGCGAUGUAAAAGGACGAGUGGGAAGCAGCGGCUACUCAAGCAGCAGUUCUUCCUCAGACAAAAUGAGUCCAUCUCCGGCCGUCACUUGUUUAUACGGUCACGGUGUUUGUCGUUGGCCUGGAUGCGAAGCACCAAUGGACAACAUACCAUCCUUUAUCAAGCACUUAAACAGUGAACACGCACUGGAUGAUCGGAGCACUGCACAAACACGCGUCCAGAUACAAGUUGUCAGUCAGCUCGAACAGCAGCUGCAAAAGGAGAAAGACCGUUUGGAUGCCAUGAUGCAACAUUUGCAUAUGAAGCCCAGCGAUGCCGCGCUGAUCGGUGCGACGGAAAGUCCAGUUAAAGAAGACCCGGACACCAUGUCGCCCAUUUCCACACCAUCCAAACUACCUCCUUCCCUAUUUAAUUUCAAUUUCACAAACGGUUCCCAAGCCCAACAUUCCCCUGCAACCACUCCGGUCAGUGCAGCCGCACUCCAUCCCUCCCGCGGUGAGCGCCCGCCUCCCGCGCAGCCGUCCCCGCCCAGCAUGGCCACCAAUAGCCAGCGAUCUCCCAGUCCCUCGGUAUUAGCCAUACGCCGUCGUGUUUCAGAUAAAGCUAAUCUUCCCAUUGCAGCGGAUUUGGAAAGGAAUCGAGAAUUGUACAGAACCAAUCACAUCCGCCCGCCUUACACGUAUGCUUCGCUCAUACGACAAGCGAUCAUAGAAAGCCCGGAUAAACAGCUGACACUCAAUGAAAUCUACCAGUGGUUUCAAAAUACUUUCGCCUACUUCCGGAAAAAUGCCGCUACAUGGAAGAACGCCGUGCGCCACAAUCUCAGUUUGCACAAGUGCUUUACGCGUGUUGAAAAUGUCAAGGGCGCUGUUUGGACUGUGGAUGAAGAAGAAUUCUUCAAACGCCGGCCGCAGCGCAUACCGAGCAGUUCAAAGCCUUAUUCAAUGUCCCACCUUGGAAUUCCCGCGUCGAUGUAUAACGAUGCCUAUGUGAAUGGUCGCAGUGUCGGCUUAGCGGACGAAAACACUCCACAAGAUUAUUCUAGCGGUCCAUUCACGCGCACCGCUCCCCUGAAGAAACAACAUCAUUAUGGACUGCAUUCGCUAAUUAUCAAACCGGAAACCGCAGACGAUCGCUCUGAUGAUCCGAACUGCGAAAAUGGAUACGGAAGUUCUGCUGGAUCAGACGGAAUGGAUGCCAAUGAUGAUCUGGGAUCGGAUGAAUAUCGCGAUUAUCCCGAUAACAUGAGCGAUGCAGCGCCUGAUGAACAACAGCCCGGUGGCAAUGGAAAUUCUUACGAGGAUCCUGAGGAGCCACAGUCGCCAGUGGGUGAAAACUAUGACCGCCGCUUGGCUAUCAAAGAAGAAGGAAUAAUCAGUUCCUGAGUUCUCUAAAAGUGGCGCCCCAACACCGGAAAUAGGUGCUAUUACCGGAUUAGUUAACGCAGCAAAGAAUAGCACCUAUGUAUGUGUGCAUUUUCAAUUGAAAACGCCAAAGAUUAUUGUGAGCUAUCAGUACUACUUUGUUUGUUGUACACUCUCUAUUGAUUCUCCUUUUGUGACCUUAUCUCAUGACGUUGACCUUUACUAAUGCGUGCCACACUCUCUCUUCAGGUUGUCGGGUGCUGUUAGGUUUGAAAAUGUAGGUAGUUAUAUAGUUUUGGCCGGUUUAGUAUUUUAACAUGUUUUGUUACCUUUUGCAUUAAGUUAUGUGGUAUCUAACUAGAAAAGAUUGAGUACUUAUGUUA